GCUGUACAUGAUACUAUACUUGAAAAAUUAUAAGAUGUUGCUGCACUCUCAUAGCUCUACUGUUGGCUCUGCUCAGAGACAUUUCUUUCUAACUUUACUCCUGAUCUGUUUGAAUUUCAGUUCUAUCAAAGCUUGUAUUAGUGGAUCAAUUCGUCUUGUUGGAGGAGCUGACGAUUUAGAAGGAACUGUUGAAGUAUGUAGAAAUGGAGCCUAUGGUACUGUCUGUGAUGAUUCAUGGGAUACUCGUGAUGCUAUGGUGGUAUGUAAGCAGUUAGGAUAUACAUCAGGGACAGCAUAUACAAAUGCGCAUUUCGGACCAGGAACAGGAAGGAUAGUAAUGACUUAUGUCUACUGUACUGGAUCUGAAUCAACCCUUACUAGCUGCCCUCAUACAAUUAAUCAUCAUUGUAGUCACUCUGAAGAUGCUGGAGUCAGUUGUGAAGGAGGCUCUGGCUCUGGUAAAUUAGUAGGAGCUAUUGUUGGAGGAGUAAUUGGUGGUAUUGCUUUCCUAAUCUGUAUGAUUGUUAUAUGUGUAUGGGCAGCUGUUUUACAUUUUAAAUCAGACUCCUCCAGAGCCAGACAAGCAGCUCCUGUAGUUCAAAUGACAUCAAUUCCAGCACAAACUAUUAAUGCUAUAAUUGAAGCUUAUACACAAUCCGAGCCUAAGGCAGAAAAUCGACCUCCUCCUCCAUCUUACUCAGAUUAUAUGGAACAGCAGACACAACCAGCUGCACCGAUGGUUUAUCCUGGUUAUGCUGCACCAGCAGUGGGUUUUGCUGUACAAGGAUAUCCUCAACAGGAUUAUCCCAGCAAGCAGCAGCAAGAAGCACCAGUUGGGUAUCCACAGCAGGAACCACAAGGAUAUGGAGGAACAAACCCUGGUACUGAUGAGUCUACUGGCAUUCGUGAUGAAUCACCACCUCCUUAUUGAGCUCAUUCAUGUUAUAUGUUUUAUAUUUUUGUACUACCUAGUCUGUGCUAUUAUUUCAAUAAUCUACAUUUAUUUUUAUUUACUGUCAGAACAGUUUAAUGCAAAUUUUUUAAUACUUUUCUGUACCUUUAAAUAAUCUUGAAUACCAUACCAGAA